AGAGUACGAUUCUUCAUAAUCUGAUUCACUACAAAUCUGUCUAUAUCAUCCUGAUGAUGAGAUCGAUAUAACAGACUUACAGAUACGAUGAAAAUAAGACUCCCACUCCUCACCGCAACCCGGACAUGGGGCGUGAAAUGGCGAGCGAGUAACUGGUUUACAGUAUUCGUGGUUACAUUUGCCGUAUUUACAGAUAUCUUUUUAUAUGGCGUUAUUGUGCCUGUCAUUCCAUUUGCGUUGGAGUAUAGGGCUGAUAUAGAGGUUGAUCGGGUUCAAUAUUGGGUCUCGGUCCUGCUAGCCGUGUACGGUGCAGGAUUGUUGGUAUUUUCUCCAAUAUGUGGCUGGUUCUCGGACACAGUCUCCAUGCGCCGUCUCCCCCUUCUACUAGGCCUAGCAGCUCUCCUCGGCGCAACCGUCAUGCUCAACGUCGCUACCAGUGUAGCUGUCUUUGUCGUCGGGCGUCUGUUGCAAGGUAUCAGCGCUGCAGUAGUCUGGGUUGUGGGGCUUGCAUUGUUAGCUGAUACCGUGCCCCGGGAGAUGUUGGCUCAAUAUAUGGGGUAUGUCAGUCUGGGGAUGACUUCCGGAUUCAUGCUUGGUCCCUUGCUUGGUGGGGUUUUGUAUGAGAGGACCGGGUAUAAUGGUGUUUGGGCAUUGUGUUAUGCAUUCAUUGGAAUGGAUUUUGUGCUACGGAUUGUCCUCGUGGAGAAGAAGGAUCUUAGUCAGGAUCUCCCCGUAGAACCUGAGCAUGAACCUGAGACGAAAGAGCCAACUCGAAUCGAGGACAAUAGCCCCCCAGCUGACGAAUCAGUACAAAGUUCAACACCAAGGCGGCCCGCACGAAAGACAUUCACACAAAAACUCCCCGCAGUCUUUACUCUCCUCGCAUCCCGGCGUCUUCUCGCAGCUCUCUUCGCCAGCAUCGUCCAAGCCACCCUGGUAGCCUCCUUCGACUCGGUUCUCCCCUUAUUCGUCAACGAAGUCUUUUCCUGGGGCUCCCUUCAAUCCGGCAUUCUCUAUCUCACCAUCGUCAUCCCCACCCUCAUAUCCCCCUUAGUCGGAUUUCUAGGCGACAAAUACGGCGGACGCUGGUUCGCAGGUGCCGGUUUUCUACUCGCAUGUCCCAUGUUCAUCCUCCUCCGACUCAUAACCCACAACACCAUUGGCCAAAAAGUAUCCCUCGUCGUAUUACUCGUCUUCAUCGGCUUAGCAAUGACGUUAAGUUUCCCAGUCAUCAUGGCCGAAAUCACACAUAUAGUAGCCGCAAAGGAACAAUCGCGACCUCUGGGGUCAUUCGGAAAGGGCGGAGCAUAUGCGCAGGCUUAUGGAUUAUUUAAUAUGGCUUUUGCGGCGGGCACGCUUAUAGGACCUGUUUGGGCAGGGAUGAUUAAGCAGAAUUAUGGAUGGGGGACGGCGACGUGGACGCUGGGGUUGUUGAGUGGUGUGACUGUUGUGCCGUGUGUGAUUUGGGUUGAUGGGAGUAUUAGGAAGAGGAGGAUUAAGAGGGCUGAUUUGAGAGGAAGAGAAGAGGUCUCGUGAUGUGUACAUAUAUUUCCGUUGGUGUAUAUAAGUUUUUGAUGUAUAUAGGUAUUCCACUCAAUAGAUCUCAUCUCAUCAUUUCGGCGAACAGAUUUGUUAUUUUACAAUUCUAUAAUUCCAGGGAGAAGUUGUAUAAUAUACAUGAUUUAAAAAGGUAGUAAAGCACAUAAUCAGAACGGAAUGUUUCCCAACCUACCACCCAGAGAGGAAAAGGUUACGACCUCAGCCUAUCCUGCAUAGCCUGCAACCUAUCCUUGAGCGACAUUCCUGACGCGAAGAACGGACUGUCCAACUCUUCCAGCGUCGUCGGUUUCGUAAACCCCCAAAUCUCCCACUCCUUCUCCUUCCCCAUAAUCCUCACUUUCUGUAUCACGACGUACUCUGUACAAUCCUGAAUUUUGGGAAGUGCGUCAAUGGCUUGACCAUUUUCUUCUAUUACGGUUAACUUUUGGGAGCGUUGUUGGCUGGUGAUUCGGAGGAUGAUUUGGCGGAUGCCGGAAUCUGCUAAUUCGGGGAUUGCAGUUGCGCGGUCAGAUAGGACGCGGACGCCUGUGAAGAAUGUGGAUGGGGUGCGGUUGUAUUUUUCUAUAUUCCAGGAGAGGGUUUCUUUGGGGUUUCGUUUGCGGAUGCGUCUGAUGAGGUCUUUUGCUAGGCCUGGAGAGCAUCUUGCUCGGAGGAACCUUUCAUUGCCGC